AACAAAAUAUGGACUAAAAAAAUCAAAAGAAAAAUCUCUUACAUGCUUAAACCCUUAAACCCUUGGAAACGAAAUCGAAGAACAAAGCCGCAUCAAAAUUUUCAACAAAUUCAAUUUCCUGCAAACCCCAAAUUCUCAGAUGGAUCAUUUUGCAGUAUCUGAAGAGCAGUUAGCUUCACAGAGACUUAGGCAGAAACUUGAGGAAGUGAAUGUAGCUGCUCAAACUCAUCUUGCACCUGUUCAAGACCAUGUCAACUAUACUCUUCAGAAAGCGUAUUUUAAAUGUGCAUAUGAGUGCUUUGAUAGAAACAGAAGGCAGGAGGAGAUAAGCCAUUGUGUUGAAAAUUGCAGUAUUCCUCUUACUAACGUGCAACAAACGUUUGAUAAUGAAAUGGCAAAGUUUCAGGAAAAGUUGAAUAGAUCUCUGAUGGUUUGUCAAGAUAAGUACGAGGGAGCUAAGCUCCAGCAGAAAACCGGAGCUAUGAAUGUCAUGGUUUCCUGUGCCGACGAAGCAAUUCAAGACAGCAUUAAGAUGCUGCCACUUCUUACUAACAAGUUGAAGGCUUCCUUUGGCAUUCGCGACGACAACGGCUCUUCCUAGCAAAAUUUGCUUUUCUCAACAUUUUUCUUCAGUUGCCAAAGGAAAUUGGUGCUAGGCAUCAUUUAACUAUUUCUGGAAAGCAAAAGUUAGCAUGCUUUAUUCAUGUAAUUUUAUUGGUGUUGCAUCUUGAUCCACAAAAAACAUUUAGAAUUGUUAUGCAUACAUAGAUACUAUAAUUUUAUGCAUACAUAGAUAGUAUUCAAGCACAAUUGAGGAAAUUAAUCUUUCUAAAAAUUAGAGUGGUGGACAGUUUGCAUCAA